GUAGUGUUUGGUGUGUAAUUAUAGGGUUUUCUUAGUAACAAAUAUUGCUGUCGUUGAUUCGUUAUCACGGGAUGAAGGAAAGAAGAAAAAGCAGUUUUUAUUCUAUGAAUAAACAAAACUAAGAAACCAAACCAACCAAGCAUGGAAAGUUAAGGAAGGAAAGAAAAGAAAAGAAAAGAAAAGAAAAGUCUGCCCUUUUCUUCUGAGUAUUUUCUUCUCUUUUUCCCCGAACAAUAAUAAAAAAGAAAAUCAAAGUUUUGAGGGAAUUUUUAUAUAAUAUCUCGAAAAACUCAGCCAGAGAGAGAGAGAAAGAGAGAAAGAGCGCGUGUAGUGUACCAGAUCUGUAGGCUUAAGAUUGAAAAGGGUGAAAUUUUGAUGAAACCCAGAAACAUGGGUGGAGUUGAGAUGAAAUGAGAGUUAUUGGUCUUCGUGGUGGAGCUCCAUUUGCAGUUCCCGGAGUUUGAUGGAGUCCGAAACGGCGUCUUCUUCGGAAGAACAACGACUUGAAGGAGGAGGAGGAGUAGGAGGUGGUGGAGGACCCAAUGAUAAUAGAGGAAAACACAGGAUUCUUGCUGAGCUUAGGUGUCUUGAACAAGAGCUCAAAUGCUUAGAGGAAGAGUUGGAAGAGCUGGAGAGAACUGAAAAUGCCUCAAUGAUUUGCGCAGAGUUGCUGUCUCAUAUAGAAACCAUAUCAGAUCCUUUAACUCCAACAACAAAUGGGCCUAUAAACGUUUUAUGGGAUCGAUGGUUUGAAGGACCCCAAGAUUCACAAGGUUGUAGAUGCUUGAUACUCUGAUUUGUGACUCUUUGGAGUACAUUUUGAUUCACCAGGAUUUGAUUUUUCAUUCUAUUAUUUGAUUUGAUAUGCUGCAUUACAUUUUACACCUGCAUUUGGUUCUGCAAAUUUGGGGUCUGUGAUAAUAUUGAUGCUAGAUUAAUUAUAAUCAUUUAUUUUUUCCAUUAGAAAAGAAAAGUUUGUAAGUACAUCAGAAUCUUCAAUGAGCUGAGAAUGAGUUAAUGAAGGCAAUUUUCUCAA